GUCUGGAAUUUUCGGCUGUGAGCUCGUUGUCAGCGUGUUUAAUUUGAAAAUUCGAAAACUUUUUUUUUUUGUUUGACCGUUAUCACAGAGGAAAAUCAAAAAUUCAAACACAUCCACUAUGGAUUUUAGCCAAUUUAUCCUGAAUGAAUCAUAUACAUUAUCACCAUAUAAAAUUUGUGUGGCAAAUUUCAUCUGUUCAUAUCUUGAAUAUCGUCAAUUACAUGAAAUGUUAGAUACUAUUUCAUCAUCAUCAUUAGAUGUCAAUGCUCAUGGAUAUUUAGCAUAUAAACUUAUAAUGUCAAUAGAUUGUCCAUAUGAUGAAUUAUUAUUUCGUAUUGAAAAUGGUGAACAUCGAUCAAAAAUUUCAUCCGAAGUUUUACAAAUAUUUCAUAAAGAAUUGAACCGUUUACGUCGAUUGGAUAUCAAAUAUUUUCAUGAUUUUUUCGAUAAAGUUCGUUCAAUGGCACAAAAAAAAUUCUUCAAAAAUCGUAUCAAACUUUUAGCUGAAUUGUGUGAUCCUGAUCAUUCGUCAGGUUUUUCUCAUCAUCAGAUUCAUAAAAUGUCUUUGAUUGGUAUAUUUUUGCGUAAAUUAAUGAUCUACUAUGAACGAUUAUCGUAUUGUGAAACUUCCACUUUGUUCGAUCAAUUACAAAAAUAUCUCAUUAUCGAUGAUGCCGGUAAUGCCGAUGAAAGUGAAAUUGAUCAAAAUCUUGAACAAUCGAAAAAAUUGAAUACAGAUCAAAGAAGCAACGAACAUUUCGAUCAUUUAAUUCAGAUUGAAUCAAAACUGAAGGAGAAUAAAUCCGAACACAGUGAAACAUUUGUCAAACAUUUAUUGAAAUUGAUUGCCAAAGUUCGAUUACAACAAUCAGAUCUCAAAACUAAUGAUAAUGAACAACAAAAUUGGCAAAAAACACAUAAAAAUAGCACAUCAAGCAAACGAAAAUUAAGUGAUGGAAAUUCUGUUGUAUCCGAAUCGAUCGAUAUCUCAAUGGAUAUCGAUAAUUCGAUGACACCAUCAUCAUCAUUUAAUAUACGUCCUGUUGCUAGUCAACAUUCGAUACCGAUGGAUCUUGAUAUUACGCUCAAUGAUGAUAAUGACAUGUCAAUCGAUCGUACAGUAUUCGAUUCAAGUGGUCAAAAAUCGAACAUAAAUUCCAUUUCAAACACAACGGUUGGCGGCUAUGAAGAUGAUAAAAAAAUCAAAAAAUUCUCUAAAAAAUCUAAACAUAACAUCUAUGAUACAUUUGAACAUUAUAUUGUGAAACAAAUCUAUAAGAUUCAAUACAAUGAAAAGCUAGCUUUAACACCUCAACAGGUAAUGGAAUAUUUACGGGAAAAAUUCACUGAAGAUAAUAUGUUCUAUUAUAAUCGUUUCAUUACUUAUAAUUAUUUGGCCAAUUUGUAUCUGAUUCGUGGUAAUGGUUUCGAUGGACAAGGUCAAGAUGCUACAUUACUUUCGAAUGGCACUACGAUACCGAUUGUACCGGCUUUGGAUAAUCGUGCAAAUAAUAUUAACGGUACAAAUCAUGCCGCUUAUCAUGCUGCCGGUGGAAUUAUGGUUACCACAGCUGGUGGUGGUGGUGGUGGAACUGGAUCUGGCCUAUAUGUUCCACCAAUAGCAAGUACUUCCGCACCGAUUACAGUGGAUUCAUUGAAUAAAAAAUAUCGAUCAUUAUUUCGUUCAAUGAAUUUUUUCAAUGAUAUUGAAUAUCUGAAAUUUAUCAAUGCUUUACGUGUGAAUAAUUUUACAAUGGCGCGAAAAGCAUUUUUUGAUUAUUUUGAUUUGAAAAAACCAAGUUUUGAACUAGAUCCUGAAUAUAUACCCAAUUCUUUGACACAUUCUACAAACAUAUUGAUGAGAAAUGGUGGUAUUGGAAACGGCGGUGGUACACAUCCCAAUCAUAAUGGUGCAAAUGUUCCACGUACAAUUGAUGGACAUCCAACCGUUGCUAAUGUUGGUGGCCAUCUACAUCAUCAUCAUCAUCACCAUCCGCAUCAUUUUCAUGGUUUUCGUAAUCAACGUGGUGGUGGACAUGGCACUGAUACGACAAUUUCAAAUGAUUCUGGUUCAGGUCGUAAUCUAAUGUUUAGCAGUUCAAAUUAUUGUUGGUCAUCAUUGAAUCUGGCUAUGAUGUAUUAUCAUUUUAAAUAUUAUCGUCUUGCAUACGAUGCUUUGGUCGAUUGUCUUUCAUUGGCACGUGAAAAAUGUGAUGAACGUUGUCUACAAUAUGCAAUGUUAUGGAUUUUACAAAUUUCACAACAUUUAGAUCAUUCAAAAACAACGAUCACUGCUGAACAUUUGAAUUUGUGUUCAGAAGAUUCGGAAAUUAAUCGUAAUCAACAGUUAAAGAAACGACAUAAAGUUUAUGCAGAUUUAGAACUGAUGGAAAAUAUUAUCCGCUUGAUUCUUACUAAUCCAUUAACAUUACCAUAUAUUUCGGCUAAAACAUUUCUACAUUUUCAACGAUUACAGUAUUUGAAAUCUGAUCCAUUACUUUCUGAACAAUUAUCAUUGUCUGAUGUUCUUGAUGGUCCCAUGAAUUGUUCAAACCAACGGUCACCAUUUUUGCCACAACCAAUUUAUUUGGCUAUCAAAUAUCGACUUUUCGAUGUAUUAGGUGAACAAUUCAGUAUGACAUCAGCAAUAUUAAAUGCAUAUGGUGCUACACAUUUAGCUUCAACAUACGCUAAGCUAUGGCUUCGAAUGGAUGUAAUCGAAACGAUCAUGGAAGAACGUAUAUUUCGUCUGGAUGAAUCCACUCCAAUAGCGGUGAGAAAUAUGGCUCAUUAUUUAUGGUUUGUUCGUGGUGAUUUACAUCAGGCUAUCAAUUUGAUUAAUCGUUUCCUCGGACAUUUUUCAUCAUACAAUCAAAGUGCCAAACAUAUAAUGGAACGAGCUUUGAUUGAGAUAAUGUUCGACUAUCAUGUCAAUAGUGGCCAUUGGAAUGCUGCAACCAAAUGUUUGAAUGCAAUUCGUUGUCUAGAUCGAACACGAUCAUAUCUAAUGUUAGUUCAACUUCGUCAUAAACAAAAUGAACCAAUAACAGCUUUAGAAUGUCUUGAUAUGAUCAUUCCAUAUGUUUCAGGUGGUGGAUCAUUUAAGCAAACACAAAUGUCAACUGCUACUGAAUCACAAACAUCCAAAUUAUCUGGAUCAACAUAUCUUCGUCAAAAUCUUUUCCAAUCUUCUGCAUCGAAUCAUACGAUUGACAAUCAACAAGAAGAUCAUGUAAUUCUGAAAACAUCCAACAAAAAACAAGUUAAUCAAACACCAUCAUCACCGGAACAAUCAAUUGAUUGUAAUCAUUCAAAACCGAUUCCAUUACGUUCAUUUUAUUCAGACAAUCUUAAAUAUUAUGAACGAAUACAGCCAGCACCACCAGAAGAAUUAGAACCAGAAAAUGAACGAAAAUUAGUUCCUGAAUUGGAUCCGUAUACAACAAUCGAAUGUCAUCUGAUUCGUGGUGUAAUCUUGCAGGAUUUAUCCAUACUAUUUGAAUGUGUUGCACAAUCAUUAGCACAUGGAUUUAAACAACUUGAAUGUCGAUCAUCAAUACAGAUUGCUCGUAUUCAAUCCGAACAAUAUGGACAACAUCAUGAUGCAGCUGAAAUAAUGGAAUCAUUAAUGCAUCGUAUUCUAUCACAAUCAACCUUACGUGAUAUGGCUGAAUCAUUUUUUGUUUAUGCAUCAAUUUUAUAUCGAAUCCAUCGACAGCAACGAUCAUCGUCGUCUUAUGAAUAUCGUUCAAUAAUGAAACGAUUAAUUAUAAUCGAUAAUGAUGAUAAUCAAUCGGAUAAUAAUCAUCAUAGAUCCAUACUACUAGAACCGGCUAGCAAAUUAAUAAAACGUUCAAUCGUAUUAUGGCAAUUCAUAAAUGAUCGUCAAAGACUUUAUGAUUCAUUAAAACAGGCGGCUAUAAUUGAAAAUGAUCGUCAAAAUUAUAUGGCAAGAAAUUUUUACAGUAAACGUGCACGAUUAAUACGUACAAUGCCAAUGCCAACAACAACAACAUCAUCAUCAUCAUCAUCAUAAUACAACAAAUCAAAUAGUCAUCAAAUUCUUUAUAUA